AUGGCUAGAAAUAAAGCGUAUGUAGUAUUUAGGGGUAGAGCUCCCGAGGUUUAUCUUUCAUGGGAAGAUUGUGAAGCCCAAGUGAUUGGUUUUCCUGGAACUCUAUAUCGGGGUUUCAAAAAUCAUUUUGAAGCCGAGAAAUCUUGGCUUGUUUCACGACAUCCAAAUACCAACUAUAAAUUUAUCGAAGCAAAACUCCAGGAAAUCAUCAACAUGGGGCCUCUUGAAGACUAA